AGAAGAUGAGUGAGGCAUUGUGGGUUCUCCUGCAUGUUGCUAUUUAAGCUGUUGGUUCUCCUGGAGGAGCUUGUCAUGACUGGCUUCUCCAGUGUGAGUUCAACCAUUGUCAGAGGAGCUGGGGACCUUUUUGAUAAGUAAAGUAUGGUUCAAAAAUAUGAAUUAAUUACCCAACGGUCAUCCUGGUGAAUUAUGGAAGAGCUGGACUCAAAACCAUCUUUAAUCUCCCAGUGUUACACUCAAAAGAGCCCCACAGAUACUGCAUCUCUGUUAUGAAAUGUCUUACAUUCAUCCUCCAGAGGAAGUUAUACCUCAAGGGACAUUUUUGGAGACACAAACAGAGAAGAGACCUAAGGGAAUCAGUCAUCUUUGUUCAACAUUUCCUGAGCAAUCAACAAUUGGAUUUCUUCCACAUAUUAACGUAUACAUUACUCAAGAGCACCAAACUUCAAUGCCUUUUUGGCUCUGGAUUCUUCACUUGAGGAUAUUCACUUAAAAUUCUCAGUAGUUUGAAGAGUCUGGAUAAUGGAUAACAAGCCCGAUGUGUUCAGGAGAGAGUUAGUGGACGUUCAGGGUAUCCCCCUCUUCUGGAGUAUCGCUGAACACUGGGCUCAGGUGGCGUCAUUUGAGGCCCAGCCAGACGACCUUCUAAUCUCCACAUACCCCAAGUCCGGGACAACCUGGAUCAGUGAAAUACUGGAUUUGAUCUAUAACAAUGGGGAUGCAGAAAAAUGUCAAAGGGAUGCAAUAUACAAACGCGUGCCUUUCAUGGAACUUAUCAUCCCUGGAUUUUCAAACGGUGUUGAACAGUUGAAAAACAUGCCGUCUCCUCGAUUAAUGAAAACACACCUACCUGUUCAACUCCUCCCUUCUUCGUUUUGGAAGUACAAUUGUAAGAUGAUCUACAUGGCACGGAACGCCAAAGAUGUGGCUGUGUCUUACUAUUAUUUCCACCAGAUGGCAAAAAUGCACCCAGAGCCCGGCACUUGGGAGGAGUUUCUAGAUAAAUUUGUGGCUGGGAAGGUAAGUUUUGGGUCCUGGUAUGACCACGUGAAGGGCUGGUGGGAGAAAAGGAAAGAUUAUCGCAUCCUUUACCUAUUUUAUGAAGACAUGAAAGAGGAUCCAAAGAGUGAAAUUCAAAAGUUAUUGCAGUUUCUAGAAAAAGACCUGUCAGAAGAAGCUGUGAAUAAAAUCCUCUAUCACAGCUCUUUUAAUGUAAUGAAACAAAAUCCACAUGCAAAUUAUACCACUUUGACGAAAGAAGAGAUGGACCACUCAGUAUCUCCCUUCAUGAGAAAAGGUAUUUCAGGAGACUGGAAAAACCAGUUCACUGUGGCUCAGUAUGAGAGAUUUGAAAAAGAUUAUGAAGAGAAGAUGAAAAACUCCACACUGAAGUUUAGAUCAGAGAUUUAAAGAGUACCUGCUUUCUUUAGCUAAUACCAAAAUUAGAAGGGAAAAAAAGAAUCUCUUCAAAGUUUAGUGAAAAAAGAAUCUGUAUAUGAUGUUUCUUUAUUUACUUAGAAUAGCUGUUCAUCAUAGAAUAGUUCUAGAAUUUUAGUGUGAGGUAAGUGGAACCAAUACGGUUUCUAUCAUUUUAAUCAUUUUUUAGAAGAUUUUUUCUAAAAGAAAGUUGUGAGACAAAGUGGGUUUUUGUUGUUGCUGUUUUCUUUUUUCAGUUUGUUUGUUUGGUUUUUUAAUUUAGACAGGGUCUUACUGUGUGGUUCAGAAUGGCCUUGAACUCACGGUGAUCCUCUUCCCUCAGCCUGCCCAGUGGCAGGAUGAGGUGUGAGCCACCACGACCUGGCCAAUGAAGUUUUAAAUCUAUAAUUACUUUAUUUUAAAUUUAAAUGUGGAUCAUUGAUUUUGUGAAAAAGCUAUUUAGGAAUGUUUUCAAGAUACCUGAAUAUGGAUUAAAACUAAAAAAUUUUUUUCUAAUAAAACCUUUGAUUUUUGUUUGUUAAAUGCUUAGAAUAAUACCAAUAAAGAUCAAAGGUGUUGUUUUGUAAGGAAGUCACUAAAAUUUAUUGAUUUAAACUGAGUUUCCAUAGGUAAAAUCCUGAAUAAUUUAUUUAACAUAGUAGUUUAUUAUUGUUUAUAAAAAUGGUAUAAAAUAACAGAAUAAUUAUAAAAAGCUUUUCUGGACCUCUUUGUGGUUCAGAAAAGUCCACACUUGUAAUU